GCAGCAAAGUAAACAAACAAGGAAAGAAAAAUAGAUAAAACUAAAAAAAAGUUUGAAAAAUAAAGAAAGAGAGUUAAAGCCACAACCGUCCACGCGCAUAUGAACGGAGUUUCAACACGCACCAAACACCAAACUAAGCUGUCGAAGCGCGUGGAUUCCCUCGCGCCCCCUGAAGUUUUUUUUGCCCUAAUCAGCUGUGAUCGAGAGCCCGCUCUCUUAUCAUGAAGCUUCAUGACCUUCUUUGAUAACUUCAUAAAUCAACCAUGUCCUUCCUCUUGAUCUACCCCUCGACUCGGAUCGCGUAUCGCUUGACUCGUUUAACGUUUUUCCGUCCGUAGCCGUAGGAAUACCCGCCCCGACUUCUUGACUCAGUAACUCGAAUUAAAAGAUGGAGCCGAUGGAUAUCGUAGGGAAGUCGAAGGAAGACGCUUCACUUCCCAAAGCUACUAUGACCAAGAUUAUAAAGGAGAUGUUACCGCCAGAUGUACGUGUUGCAAGAGAUGCUCAAGAUCUUUUGAUUGAGUGUUGUGUAGAGUUUAUUAAUCUCAUUUCAUCAGAGUCCAAUGAAGUUUGUAACAGAGAGGACAAACGAACAAUAGCACCUGAGCAUGUGCUCAAGGCUUUAGAGGUUCUUGGGUUUGGAGAGUACAUUGAAGAGGUAUGUGCUGCAUAUGAGCAACACAAGAUUGAGACCUUGGACUCUUUGAGAGGUGGCAAAUGGAGCAAUGGAGCAGAGAUGACUGAAGAAGAAGCAGUAGCUGAGCAGCAAAGGAUGUUUGCUGAAGCUCGUGCAAGAAUGAAUGGUGGGGCUGUUGCCCCAAAGCAACCAGAUCCUGAUCCAAGUUUAGAGAGCUAACCAUUUAGGACUUAUUUUCUUUUACCACAGGCAAGCAUCUUGACUCUUUUAUUAGUGCUACUAAGUUCUAAUCUCAGUAUUUUAUGUACAAAAAAAGCUAUUGGUUAGUGCACUGGCCUAUGUGGAUAUUUGUACUUUUAUCAAUGAAAUGCUGUCUAUAACUUAAUGUAA